CAGAAUAGAAUAGAAGUACACAGACUUAAUAAUUCACAAAUAAUUCACACGUUUAUUCGAAGUUACGUAAUUAUCGAUAGGCAAUAUAUAUCGAAAUAAAUCCAGCAAAUCACGAGCACUGCUCAAUCUGUUUUAUCGAUACUUUCUUUGUAGCGAAAUAGAGGGCGACUAUCUUUAUGGUUUAUGCGCCAUCUUUUUUCAGCUUGUGCGUUAUUUUGACAAGUUAGGUUAUAUACUGUUACACGUGAUAUUCUGAGUAAUAAUUCUAUGAUAUUCUGAAUAAUAAUUCUUUGUAUUAAAAUGGACGCAUAUGAUAUUUUUAAGAAACUAGCUGUUGGAUCGAAAUUCAACAUGCACCGCUUUCAAUCAGAUGCAAAAAAAUUUAAGUUAAUUAAUAAGCAAAUUCAAAAUAUACCUAAAAUCGAUGAAGUAGAAACAAAUGGAUUUGCCAAUGUUUGUGCCAAAACAUCUCUUAAAAGAAAAUAUGAGGAAGAUGAAGAAGAAAGGAAGAUUGAUACAUUAACAUUAAUUGAAGGAAUGUCUGUUCCUGUAGAUGGAAGUAAAGUAAAAACCAAAAUGAAUAAAAAUUCUAUUACAGAAGCUAAAAAAAUUAAAUUGGAACGUGAACAGAUCAACCAAUUUCGUAAUCAGCAUCAUAUAUCAGUCACUGGUAGUCAUGUACCCAAAUCUAUAGCUACGUUUGAUGAAUUAUUAACGGAAUAUCAAGUAUCUAAAAAAUUGUUAGAUAAUAUGAAAGAAUGUGGUUACGAAGAACCAACACCUAUCCAAAUGCAGGCAAUACCUGUCUUAUUGCAGAACAGGCAAUUAUUGGCUUGUGCCCCAACAGGCUCAGGAAAAACUGCAGCUUUUUUAUUACCAAUCAUUCAUCAUUUGAAUGGUCCACAAAAACAGGGCUUUCGAGCUAUUAUUUUAAGUCCCACUAGAGAAUUAGCUAAACAAACAUAUAGAGAAUGUUUACGGCUUAGUGAAAAUUAUGGCUUUAGAAUACAUAUUAUAAGUAAAAUUAAUCAAGCACUUUCCAAAUAUGGCCCUAAAAGUUCACAAAAGUUUGAUAUAUUAAUUACUACACCAAAAAGAUUAGUAUUUUUAUUGAAACAGGAACCACCUGCCAUUUCCUUAGCUAACGUACAAUGGUUAAUAGUAGAUGAAGCUGAUAAGCUUUUUGAAGAUGGAAUGCGAGGCUUCAGAGAUCAGUUAGAAGAAAUUUCAACAGCAUGUACAAAUUCUAAUUUACAUCGUGCAUUGUUUAGUGCAACGACUACACCUGUAGUAACAAAAUGGUGUCGCAAAAACCUCAAAGGUCUUAUUACUGUUACUGUCGGUCAAAGAAAUUCUGCUGUAAAUCUUAUAGAACAAGAAUUAUUAUUUGUUGGUAGUGAAAGAGGGAAACUUGUAGCGAUUAGAAAUAUUAUACUAAAGGGUAUUGCACCUCCGGUAUUAGUAUUUGUACAAAGCAAAGAAAGGGCACAAGAACUCUUUAGUGAACUCAUUUACGAUGGCAUAAAUGUUGAUGUUAUUCACGCAGAUAGAACUCAGACACAGCGAGAUAAUGUAGUACGUUGCUUUAGAGAAGGAAAAAUAUGGGUGUUAAUAUGUACAGAACUAAUGGGUAGAGGUAUUGACUUCAAAGGUGUAAACCUUGUAAUUAAUUAUGAUUUUCCACCAUCAACUAUUUCAUAUAUACAUAGAAUAGGUAGAACUGGUCGAGCUGGUCAUAAAGGAAAAGCAAUUACAUUUUUUACAGAACAGGAUACAACAAAUUUAAGAAGUAUUGCAACAGUUAUGCGUGCAUCAGGUUGUGAUGUUCCAGAAUAUAUGCUUGCUAUGAAAAAACAUAGUAAAAAAGAGAGGCGAAAACUUGAACGAACAGCUCCUGAACGGGAUACUAUAUUGACAGUACCGAAAUAUAAGCAACAUGUGAUAAAAAAGUUGAAUAAAAAAAAUCCUGUGAAUAUUAAAAAAACUACAAAAGAUACGCACUAAGUAUACCAAUCAGAGAUAUAUUAAAUAUCCAAUCACAAGGCAGCUUUGGCAUCUUAUUGGCUGGCCAUGGCAAAUAACCAGCAGUUUUAAAUACCCAAUAAUCAUAAGAAACUUUAGCUAUCAGACUUAUCAAUAAUAUCACUUCAGUAGCAAUUAUGUAAUAAAUAUAAUCAGUCCAAUCUCCAGGAUAGACACACAUUUUUGAUGGCUCUAAAUCAACCACCUUUUCUUUUACAUUUUCGCAUAAAACUUCAUCUGAAUCUAAUAUACGUGUUUGCAACCACACCUAAAUAUUAAAAUAUAAAAUUAAUAAUAAAAUACAUUA